AUGGGCUUACUGGUCUCCGCGGCCCCGGGACCGAGCUCUGCGUGGCGGCCCGGCUCGGACGUCCUGAGCGACACGGACCUGCCCCCCCGAGCCGACACCCCCCCGGCGGAGACGCUCGCGUUGCGCGAAGCCGGAGUCUCAUCGCCGCAAACUGGAGCCUUUUCCCGGAGCGUCACUGCCCCACAGACUGGGCGAAGUCGGGGUCCCGGUACCCCAAGCCCACCCCCCCGCCGCACGUGCGAGAGAGCCCUGCACGGCGGCAGGCGCGCGGGGGAAGAUGGCGUGAGCGUGUCGACUUUCCUCUCCCUCCUCCCGACCUCGCUACCCGCUCCCUCCUCCCGCCAGGACCGGCCCGAACAGGACCGGCCCGCAGUGCUCACCCGGGUCAGCGCCGUCCAAGCCGAAGUCCGGGACCCGGAGCCGCUCCGCGCGCUGCCGGGGGAAACUUGCCCUGCUUUUAUGUCACAGAAGGAAAAUCUGCCCCCCCCUCCCCUCCGUUUCCUUGGGAACCAAAGGACGCUCUGCGAGCCUCCCACGGGGCCUCAUUUAAAGACACAGCGGCGGCGGAUUCCCGAGACGGACGCCCGCCGCGUCUCCCUGGAGACGAGCGCCAUCCGCGACUUCCUGGCCGCCCCCCCCUCCCCCACGCUGGGGGGCAGGCGCCGCCGGCUGGCCUGGGGGGGCGCCGAGGCGGGUGAGGGCGUGCCUAGAGCGGGGGAGCAGGAGGAGGGCGGGGGGGACCGGGAGCGAGCAGAGACGGACGCUGGCAGCGCCCCCCAGGGGGCAGCGGCGCAGAGAGGGCACAGCCCCAGCAGGGGGGCGUCCUGCUCUCCGCAGGGGGAGCGAGUGGGCAGCCUGCUGGACAGCCUGGGGUCCCUGGCCGUCAUGCACAGCAAACUGGCCGAGACCUGCCGGGGCUACGGGCAGGGGAGACCCCACAGCGCCCGGCGGGACUGUCUCCACGGCGACAGCUACUGUGGUCAAGGUCGGCAUGGAAACCACUUUCACUCUCACACCAGAGCUCCCAGCCCCAGUCACUCCCAUCGUCUCACUCCCUCUCACUCUCCCUCUCACACCAGAGCUCCCAGCCCCAGUCACUCCCACUGUCUCACUCCCUCUCACUCUCGGGACAGGGGGGUGCAGGCGGGGGCAGGGGGGCCGGUGCAGGGGUCCGGCAGUGACCCCGCCGUUGGCUCCAGUGGGCUGGGGUCGCUGGGGAACCUGGGCAGCCCCCCGCGGACCGGCGCGGCCAGCGCGGCCAGCGGCUCCCAGACGGGGCUGUCCUCCAGCGGGCGGGGGUCCCUGGAGUGUGGGGGCGCCCCACUCGGAGACCCCUGCUCGCCCACCCCCCCUCCGGAGCGCGGGCGGGGCUCCCAGCGCAGCUCUGGCGCGGGACUGGCUGGGGUGCGGAAGGGGGACAGGCCCAGAGAGGAGCCCCUGGGGGCUGUGGGGUCCCUGGCCGUCCUCAAAGACUUUUUCCGCUGAGACCGGCAGGACGAUGGACCCCCAGUCCGGACCCGAGAGACCUCAGCUCUCCAGCCUUUCCUGGACUCCAGACAUGGGCUUGGUGUGUCGUACCCAUGCCUUCGUGCUUCGUGUGAUCUCUGUCCCCCCUCCUGCUUUCUCCUGCUUCCUCCUGCUCCUCUCCUGCUCCUCUCCUGCUUCC